AUGCAUGCCCACCUCGUGUUGCUAUGGGCAGCAGCUGCCAUCGGCAGAACCCCAACAGCUUUCUCGCUGCAGCAGCGAGCUGCUGCAGUUCUCUCUCAUGAACACUAUCAACAGCAGCAGCAGCAGCAGCAGCAGGAGCAGCAGCAAGAGCACUAUGAACUGCAGCAGCAAGAUAAGGAUUUGGAUUCUGCUGUUGUAGGCUUUACAGAAUCAUAUGAUUUCCCCUCAGCAGCAGCACAGCAGCACAGCAGCAGCAGCAGCAGCAGCAGCAGCGUAGCAGCAGCAAAAGAAGUUUCUAUUGUAUCAUUCGCAGAAACUGGUAUAAAUGAAGAAGAAUUUGCAGCUAUUGCUCAUGUCCCCAACAACAACAACAACAACAACAAGUACAACAACAACAACAACUACUACUACUACUACUACUACUACAACCACCACCACAACCACCACCACCACCACCACCACCACCACCACAACGACAGAACCAGUAGAAAGGGUAGUAUGCAGAGCCGAUGA